AUGGUUCCCAAAGCCGAUGGUAUUGCUGUCACAAUGAGAAAGCUAGGCAUCGAGCCUGAUAUUGUCAAGUAUAGCAUAUUCAUCGAUGCGCUUUGCAAGAAGGGGAUUGGGAUGGUUUCCGGAGCUGAAUAUAUGCUUGACACAAUGGAAAAGCAAGGCAUUGGGCCUGAUGGUGUCAUGUAUGAUAUGUUGAUCCCCGCACUUUCCAAAGCUAAAGAUAUUGUUGACAAGAUGAGAAAGAAAGGCAUUGAGCCUUGUGAUGGCACGUAUAAUACAUUGGUGGAUGCCUAUUGGAAGGAGGGAAUGCCAACCGGAGCUGUAGGUAUCAUUUCCACAAUGAGAAAGCAAGGCAUUGAGCCUGAUCAUGCAACCUGCAACGCUCUUAUGGAAGUCAUGAGGUGCCAAUGA